CUUAAACGUCUCAUGAAGCACUUCAUUUAUCAUUUUGAAAGUUAACAGCUGAAAAUGAAGCUUUUUGUACUUUUAAUCUUUGCAGCAUUUUUGUGCAGCGUUUAUGGACAUUUCAAUAUGGGUUACACUAUCCCACGUACAAAAUUGAAUCAAAUGUCUACAAUGACAUUUCCUGUAAUGACUUACAAUACUGCUAACCAAAGGACAACCCCUAAUCAGCCACAAGUAAUUGUCAUUGAUAGUAAUACAUUAGCAAACAGUGGAAUGAAUCUGCAACAGUUUAUCAGUUCGGUUUCACCAGGAUCAAAUUCAGGAGCAGGGAGUAGAUCAAGUGGGGGUUUUGGGAGCUCUUCUAGGUCUGGGAGUGGAUUUGGAAGCACAGGAAGUGGGUUUGGUAGUUCUGGAGGGUCAAAUGGGGGGUUUGGAAGUUCUUCUAGGUCUGGAAGUGGUAUUGGAAGCUCUGGAACAUCAGGAAAUGGUUUUGGAAGCACAGGAACUGGGUUUGGUAGUUCUGGAGGGUCAAAUGGGGGAUUUGGAAGUUCUUCUAGGUCUGGGAGUGGUAUUGGAAGCUCUGGAACAUCAGGAAAUGGGUUUGGGAGCUCUGGAAUGUCAGGUAGUGGGUUGGGUAACUCUGCAGCAUCAGGAAGCGGUCUCAGUAGCUCUGGAACUUCAACAAAUGGGUUUGGAAACUUAGGAGGGGGAAUGAAAAGUUCUGGUGGUAUAAAUGGAGGGGGAUUAGGUAGCUCAGGUUUGAGCAAAAUUGAAGGAUCUGAACAUGCUGAAGGUAUUGUAAGUGCUGGCAGCAAUGAUUUUAGUGCCACAGGUUCUUUCGGAGCAAAUAACGAGAAUCGUAAGUAUUAA